UGUUUACAACACCCUCAAAGAGGAAGUCUCAGUCACUUCCUUACUAUGUCAGUUAGCAAGAAAUCAAAAGUAGAAUCAAGGGGUUGACAGCUGAACUCUUACAAUUUUCCUCAACCCAGUUUGCUGAAUCGAACGCCAUAGAUUACAAUUCAGGAUACAAAUUGGCUGCUAUACGGCACACAUUGACUUACUCAGUGGUGUACAAUCUACAACUGAAGAGAGGAGCUACAAUGACUUCGCAAGAAACACCCCAUAAUGUGACCCAGCUCUCAGAUUACUUAAACUUUACUCACACUCCCUCAGACGACGGCAUUUCCACAAGCUCUGUGUCAUAUUUUGAUAACCACACAUUCAUUGAGUUUAUGAAGGCACAAAAUUUAAUCUCAAGGUGUGUUUAUGUUUACAGCAUUUUUGGACUUGUCGGACUCCUAAGUGGCAUCUUCAUCCUCAUCAUUUAUGCUGGAAACUACAGAAAGAAAAGGAAAUUUGAACAACUUGAUAUCAUUUUAUUCUCCCUGACAGUGGCAGAUCUCACACUCAUUUUUUUCUCACUCACUGAUCUUGUCAGGCCAGAGGCUGUAAAUACUACUGCUCUUGGUUGUGCCGUCCUGUCAUUUUUCUUUAAUGUCUCCUACUUCUACACAGGAUACACUCAUGUCAUGAUUUCCUUCUUCUUGGUGUAUGACCACGUGGCGCUAGUGAGGAGAGCACUCAAUAAAUCAUUCCUCUCCAUCUUGGCUGCAAUGGGUAUAAGCAUCUUGUUCUCCACGCUGGUCACAGUGCUAACCGGGGCUGGACAAGUCCUGAGCAUGUCAGUGAAUUGCUACGUGGACCCGCUCGAGGCCCCAGCAGCGUACAGUAUGGUCAAGUUUAUCUUCGGAUUCCUAAUACCGACGCUCAUCAUUCUGGGCUUCAUCCUGCAUUUCCUGAUUCAUUCCAAGCGCAUGCGGUAUUCGCUGGACACGCAAGACUACAGGGAACUUGUCACUCCUCACCGGGUUUUUCUGGCGCUGGUCACGGUGACUUUCAUUUGCCGCCUGAUUUAUAAUGUUCUGCUUCUCCUCCAAUCACAAGAGGUAAGAAACCAUCAUGCCCAUUCCAAACCUAAGCCUCAGGUUGUUAUAGGAGAGUUGGUCAUGUUUUCCGGGAGCUGCCUGUGCUUGGUAUUCAUCGCAGCUUUUCACAACAUGAAAAAAGAUGUGGCCAAGGAAACCCUGAGGCGUGUCACUGAGCCCUGCCGAGGGCCGAAUGCCAACAGAAACCACAACGUCACGAGGCCCAAUAUUGAGACUAAAGAGAAUCAUGGAGAUUCUGAAUCUCUCAACUAAACUACAUUACACCCAGGAAGGAGAGAGUUCUGCAACAGCCAACUCAAACCACACUGUGACAAAUUCCACUGCUUCAUUCUGUCCCAAAUAAAAAUAUCAAGUCUUUUUUCAUGGGUUUCACCCAUUUCGACUUGCUUGAAUAUCCAGGAGUCCUCUUGAGGGACAGAUUUGGGUUACCUACUCCCAGUCUCAAGCCUCUGUCAACACCACUCUGGAAGAAACUACAGUGAGGAACAACACUGCAGCCUAGGGGCAACUUGCCUUGACUCCAUUGGGGAGUGUUUCACCAGUAGAGAGAUGGAAGAUGGAAAAUUUGAAUGUGCAUAAUCAGCAGAACAGGAAACUCCUGAACAUUUGAGUGUUAACAAUGGGGUGGAUGGGGAUUAAUGCAAGAAAUAAGCAAGAGGACAACACAGAGUAUUGAGCUAUUUGUAAAAAAUCACUUGGAAAAAGCAAGAAUUGUUCUUUUCUUCAGACUAAAACAAGAAAGUCAUAACUUGGAUUUGCUGUUUUUCACAUCAAAAUAGGUUAAGCUGCUGUAAGAUGUUUAAACAGCUUGACCAGAUCAAGCUGCAAAAUGUAGUUAUAAGUUACAAAGCUAUAAGUUCCACAGAAUAUCAAUUCCAAAAACAAAAGGAUUUGGUGCUUCUUUUCACAUCCUAUUUAGCAAGAAGGUUAUAAAACACACACCACAUAGUAGCUCUGAGGCAUGUGGGGAAAAUAUCCACACUUGAUUCCAGCAAUAAAUCUACAGAGCAAGCCCUGCAAAUGCCACCAGCAGUCAUUUUGAUUGAUGGCAUUACGUAAGCAACAACAUUAAUGAGCUGUUAAAUAAUACUUGCUGUGUACAGAAAGUGACAAGGUAACACAAUUUAUUCAAGAAGCAGAGUGUUGCUGUAACCGCGUUGGAUUGGAAGGAUGGGCUUGGGUGAGAAAUUUUGCCAAAACCUGGCCUCACACCCAAGUCUGCUUGUUAAGAAUAAGCAGUCUGUGGAGUUAAGAGUUUGCACUACUGCUCCUCCUUUAGCCAAAAACUUUUCAACCUCACCAGUGAAAAAAAUUUGCUUUUACGGCUUGAGCCCUGCUUAACCUUUUAGAACCACGGCUGUCCAACCAGAUAAAGUGUGCUGUGGAAGCCCAUUGAUCUAGCACUCAGUGGAGAAUGCAAAGUUACCGAGUGAAGAGAUAACAGAUGACACUUUUUAAACUUACGAAUACUCAUCAAUGCAGAAAGAGCAUAAGAAGUUAAUAGUGGUUACACUGCAGUCAAGUGACUGUCAGAUUGUGAGAUGAUUCCAAAGCCCAUAUAAUUCCAAGGACAAAAGCAAAAAUGGUACCACCUCCUGCAAGACUGCCUGAAUACAUAAAAAUGAUGAGACCAGCUCCUGCAAAAAUUGAAACUUCCUUCCUUGAACAUCUUAGUUCUGAUCUUAAAGCCAAAUGCUGAGGUUUUUUGGAUUAUAGAUCUUCUCCGCUGUAUCUAUGUUCUGAGGGAUACUACAGUUCAGUGCUAUCUCAAAAGGAGCAAAAUUACUUAAUUGUAAGUGAAUGUAGUAAACAUUUUAGCUCAGCCUGAA